UCGUGUGGCACAUGACAACAAAAACACGGAAGAAGCGAGAAUCAGCUGACACAGCUCGCACACACCUGCGCCGUUUCUGAUUGUAACAACCAGCCAACACAAUGGAGGACCAGGAGAUGCAACUAAAAGUUAGGAGAGUGACGGAUAAGUUCACGGAGAGCAUGUACGUGCUGGCUAACGAGCCGUCAGUGGCUCUCUACAGACUGCAGGAGCACGUCAGACGGUCGCUGCCUGAACUGGUGCAACACAAGACAGACAUGCAGAGCUGGGAGGAGCAGAGUCAAGGAGCCAUUUACACUGUAGAGUAUGCAUGCAGCGCCGUGAAGAGCAUGACGAACAGCAGCUUGUAUUUCAAAAACAUCGACGGCCUCCUCCGUCAAGCCAUCAGCAUGAAGGAACAGAUUAGCAACUCUCAAGGACGCAGCUUACAUGAUGUGAACCCCUCUCCCAGUCCCCUUGUCUCUGCUGUACAUGCCCCUUCCACUUCCUCAUGACCUCUGGACAGAGGUGUCCAAGGAAAAGGACCAUGGACUCGGGCAUGCUAAAGGAAGGGGGAGAAAAGCACAGUUCUGGGAUGUGACGUGACUUCCUGAGCAGGCGGUGUUGCUUCUACAGCCCUUUGCUCUGCUGCGUCUUGAUUGAGGCUGGAGUCGGGUCACAGGGGCGACACCUCCUCAUCACAAUGGAGUGACUGCCUCCAGUGACCCCCCCAGUACAAGCCGCUCAGUGGAACAGAACGCCACAGCGCUGCCAGGUUCAGCAUUAAAAACAGUUAAGUCAUGGACGCCGCUCAAAGAAUGCAUUGUUCUCGUGGACUCGCUGGACGGACCAGAGAGAGAGCAGCCGUGCUGGGUUUGCAUCUGCUGUUUAAAAUCCACUGCACCGGCAAUGUUUUGGACACUAGUUUUUAAGGUUUUUGUUAGUUUGUUGUUGAAGGCUACAGACUAAAAAGUACCCUGCGUGCAACUUAUAACUUACAUAAGUUAAGGACAAGUGUGUGUUAGAAGGCAACAACAGCUGCCCAGUUCUAAACUUCAUUUCAGCUUUAAAUAUAUAAAAUGUUAAAUGGGCAACAUGAUCUAAAACAGAAAUCAAGAAUCUUACAAAAAAUAAUAAUAGUGUUUUUGUAAUCUGUUCUUACCUGUUAAGUAGACAGAAACCCCCAGGCAGAACAGUCCGAUUGCCACGUGUCGUACAGCUCUGCUAUCCAAAAGGAACCAGUCUGCUCUGUGGAAACAAAUGUCAUAUGUUCAGUAUCAUGGCUUACACUGCAAAAUUGUCACUUUCUCAUCAGUGCAUGAAUGAAGAUGAAUUUUGCAACAAUUUCUAUGUUGACUGUUUUCUUUUGUUUCGUUUUAUCACAACUUUCUUUACUACAUAAUAAAACUAUCUUGACUCUU